AUGCGGUGUGAGCUAUUGCUAGUCGUUGGUAAAGGAUACUUCGUACUGCAAGGUUCACCUGCCGGACCUGUGGCUUCAUUGUGUGAUGUUAAUGGUCUCCAAGUUGUCCCUACGUCUCGUUGCGUUAAGGUCUGUCUGAUGCUAACUGUCCUCAAUCGCGGGGCCUACUCUAGCCCAUUGGAAGAGAUAAAUAGGGUCAAUUUCGGUCUACAGCCUUUGACACAGGAUGAUAAAGAAGCUCUACCUCAAUCUGCGGAUACAUGCAGUGGGCCUAUAAUAAAGUCCUUUUUCGUGUACAGCCCUGUGCUCAAGGUGCAGGACAGGACACCGGAGAGUUUGGCUUCGGCAGAGGAUGAGGAUACCCGCGAAGCUCAAGCGAAGCAGAUCUACUACUAG